AAGAAAGAUAACGAACAGAAAUAUUUUAAUUCUGAUAUGGCCACUAGUGUUGUAAUUAGGUUAUUCUUAUCUUUGAUUUCACAAUAUCUCAAUAUACAAAAAAUUUGUUCUUUUAUACAAAACACAUCAGAUUAUAUCAGAGAAAUAAAAGAAAAAAUCAAGGCUAAAAGUAAUUACCAAAAUGUAGACGAUGAUGAUGAUGAGAAAGAUAUUAAAUUUAAAUUAUCAUCAAUCAUCAUGGAAAAUAAUAUUAUACUAUCUCAAUAUGAUGAAAUACAAAAUUAUAUUAAUUCUCUUCAUAUUAAUCUUGAAUUAUCCAAGAAAAAAAUAUUAGCAAAAUAUAAUAAAAAAUAUUUAAAUAAAUGUUCACGGGUACCAAAUUCGUUUAUGUUGUAUAGAACUGAAAUUUCUGAUAUAGUUAAAGAAAAAUAUACUGCAAAACAAGAAUUGGUUUCAAGGUUUAUCGCAAAUAGAUAG